UCACGGAAAAAUUUUGGUUGCUCUGCCUUCAACGUUACGCUGCUUCACAAUGGGCUAAUUUAACUUCUGUGGUGGGUAAUAGAGCUUUGGUUUUUGGACAUGAAAAUAAAAACCCAUUUACCUCGGCACCUUUUGUUUGCAUUUUUAUUUCUCGCAGCACUCCCCGCGUAUUCCCCACUUGUAUCGCCUGCACCCAAUGAUCCUCCACAAGGUACAUGUGUGCUGAAGUUCAAUACGUCCCAAUAUGUGCCAUUUGAUGAGUGCGGUGAUGUGAAUGAGGAGAUAGACAAGUGGGGUGACGAUGGGUUCCCGACAACCUUGUGUUGUCGAAAUGCUCUGACGGUUUUGUCGAAUGCGUUGGCCUCGCAGGCCCUGAACUCAGGAGGACAAGUGUUCAUUUCCCAAGAUCAGUUGCAGAGUUGUGCCCAGUCAUUUAACCCACAGCAAGGGGUAUCGCUUAAUUCAUGCGGCUUUCAAAGCUUGUACCUAGGCAGUUCCAAAUGCUCCAACCUCGUUUUACAGGAUGUUAGGAAACUGCAACAGUACCAGGAUGCAUUGGACAAGUGUUCCCACUUCGACCACCCAUUUGGUGAAUCUUGUGCAGAUUGCACCGGUGCAAUAUUGAGCUUGAGAGAUGGUUUACAUAAUCAAGUGGCCAACAACAACAACAACCACACUGAGCUAGCCAUAUGUGAGGUAGCAGCUAUUGUUGCUGUUGCAGCUGGGAAACCAAACGAUCCUGUCGUUGACAAAGUCUUACGCUGCUUGCCACCUUCAGCUUCAGGAUCAGACAAGAGAUCUUUGUGGAAACCCUUGUUGAGUGUGCCGGUAGUUAUCCUUGCAAUAUUGCUUGUGGUUAUUAUGGUAAAAUGUUUGUCCAAGAAGAAGUUUCGUAGACAGGCAAACUUGAAGGAGAUCGUGGCGUGGUCUGGAUUGUACUGGUUCUGCAAAAGGGAAAUUGAGAAUGCCAUGAAUUAUGGCGGUGAAAAGAUAUGCCUUGGACGUGGGAGUACAGGGCAGGUGUAUAGAGGUGUUCUGCCAAGUGGUCAACUCGUGGCCAUCAAGCAUUUAACAAAGAGUAACACCUCCGAGUCUUUCACUCGAGAAGUUGAAGGCCUUUCAAGGCUUCGCCAUCCUAACCUGGUUUGCCUCUUUGGAAGUUGCAUAGAAGGGGAUGAGAGAUAUUUAGUCUAUGAAUUUUGUGCAAACGGAAAUCUUGCUCAACAUCUCUUAAGAAGAGAUAGCCACUUGACAUGGGAAACAAGAGUAAGAAUUUUGAGAGAUUGUUCAUACGCACUCAAGUACCUCCACCAUCAUAUAGAAGGCUGUGUUGUCCAUAGAGAUAUAAAGCUUACGAACAUUCUUUUGAAUGAGAAAUACCAAGCCAAACUAUCAGAUUUUGGACUGGCAAAGGUGAUGGGGAUUACAGAGAGCAAGGUUUUUACUGAUGUUAGAGGAACAAUAGGCUACAUGGAUCCAGAGUACAUGAGUAAUGCCAAGCUAACCUGCGCUAGCGAUGUAUACAGUUUUGGUAUUGUUGCUCUACAAAUUCUGUCAGGACAGAAAGUCAUAGAAUUGGAUCUUGAUGCCAGAGAUCAACUCACUAGGAAGGCAAGAGAUGUGAGCAUGGGAAAGCGUCCACUGUCGGAUUUUGAAGACCCGCGACUAAAUGGAAAAGUUGAUAAGGCAGACUUCGAAGCCAUCCUUCAGAUUGCAGUGUUGUGUGUUGCCAAAUCAAGCAAAGGUCGUCCAACCAUUGAGCUUGUUUUUGAGGAAUUGGACAAGGUCUGCGGGGACACAGAAACACGGAUGAAGCAAAAGAAGGAUGAGAGCUCAUCAACAACAUCCACCCCGAGCUCCAAAUCGGCUCCUCUAUGACAUACAGGGUAUUGCGCUGGUUGUAAUUUACGAGUGUGUGUGAUGAAACUUGAAAAUGUAGUGUAAAUUGAAAUUAGAAGACGAACAUAUACAUUACAUAUUAUAUAUAAUAAAUCUUUUCAGCAUGUAAGUAUUACGACGGUACAAAAUUAGGUGUGGCGUACAUACAAAAAUUUCCCUUAUGGCUCUCUCUCGGUCACUGAUCUGAAAUCCUCCUACAAAAGCUGUUCUGCUGGUCCAACAAAGUGAUUCAUGUGGCGGCAAAAGAAACAAAAUUAUUCUAGCGAUCAUCCAUAUCUUUGAUAUUAAGGCGUGUUAUAGACUUGUAGUAAUAGCAAUUUAAAUCCACAGCCACUUUUUUAA